UAAUUAAAAGUGAAAUAUUUUUCCGGGAAUUCUCCAUAAAUCGUUAAAAUGUUACAACCCUUAAGUAACGAAGAGAUCAAAGCUCCAAAAAUGCUGGGCGUUAGGCAUUUACAAUGUCUGCUGUUAUUUUGGGGACUGGCAGUGGGUUAUGCAAUGAGAAUUAAUUUAUCGGUGUCUAUAAUAGCAAUGACCGAUCCAAUGGAGGAAAAACCAUUUGCGCAGAUUUUCGAUUGGUCAGAGAACAUCAAAUCUUUGCUGUUGAGCAGUUUUUUCUGCGGCUACGUAUGCACACAAAUACCCGCUGGUCCCUGGGCCCGGAAGUGGGGAGCUAAAAACUUGUUCUUUUACGCCAUUUUAAUAAGUUCAAUUUUAUGUCUCUUCACUCCAUAUUUAGUGGAAAUUGGUGAUUGGCCUUUACUGUUUGCCGUGCGCAUAUUAAAGGGUCUAGCCCAAGGUGUACUCUUUCCCUGCACUCAUACUGUGCUGUCAAAAUGGUCUCCUGCUCAUGAGCGGGCCUCCCUGUGUACUUUCGCCUAUGCUGGCACAUUUUUCGGUGCCAUUCUAAUGUUCGGUAGUAGUGGCUGGAUAGUGCCCUCUCCAUUGGGUUGGACCGGUACAUUUUAUUUAUCCGGUCUGUUGGGUGUCAUCUGGUGUAUUGUCUGGUAUAUUUGGGGUGCCAAUUCACCCGAUCAUUACAAGGGCAUAACAAAUGCUGAAAAAUCCAUGAUUUACAAUUCCAUGGGCUCUAAUCAAAAUAAUGAUUGUGAAGUGGUGAGAAAUUUGAAAACCCCCUGGUCGAAAAUUGUAUGUUCUCUACCAUGCUGGGUAUUGAUGAUUGAUCAUUGUGCUCACAACUGGGGCUUUUGGACUUUAUUAACACAGCUGCCUGCGUAUAUGAAAUAUGUUUUGGGCAUGGACAUCAAGAGUAAUGCUCUCUAUUCGUCUUUACCCUAUGCCAUAAUGUUGUUGCUGAGUUUUCUGUUUUGCUUUGUAGCAAAUUUCAUAAAUAAACAUCGUAUUUUAUCUACGAAUUAUAGUCGUAAAUUAUUUAAUACUAUUGGCCAGGGUGUACCAAUGAUGGCACUGGUGGCUUUGGGUUUUUGCGAUAGCAACAAUAUAUUCAUGGCUGUUGUUCUGAUUGCCUUAACAGUGGGUUUUAAUGCUGCCUCAUUUUUGGGCUUUCAGGUGAAUCAUAUAGAUUUAUCACCCAAUUUCGCGGGAGUUUUGAUGGGCAUUACAAAUUGUGCGGCUAAUGUAAUGAGUAUUUUAGCUCCUCUGGUUAAAGGUUUUCUGGUGCAGGAUGAGACAAAUGUCUUUGAAUGGCGCCUUGUGUUUAUUAUAGCUGGUGGUUUUUAUGGCAUAGCUAAUUUAUUGUUUGUAAUAUUUGGCCAAACUAAGAUUCAGCCAUGGAAUGAUCCAUUGCCUCAGCCAGCUGAAAUGCAACUAAUUCGACAACAUGCAAAUACCGAUGCGGAUGGAAAAGAGAAGCAGUAAAUUUUAAUAUUUAUA